AUGAUAGCAAUCUCUGCCGUCAGCAGCGCGCUCCUGUUCUCCCUUCUCUGUGAAGCAAGCACCAUCGUCUUACUCAAUUCCACUGACUCAUCCCCGCCAACCAAUAAUUUCACUGAUAUUGAAGCAGCUCUGAAAGCGCAACUAGAUUCUGCGGAUAUCCCCAAAGCCAGGCGGAAGCGCUACAUUUCGCAGAAUGACAUGAUCGCUAUUCUUGUUUGGGAUGAAAAUCUUGCAAAAUCUGCAGAGGCCUGGGCGGCUACUUGCAUUUGGGACCACGGACCUUCUUACUUACUGAGAUUUUUGGGCCAAAAUCUAUCUGUACGAACUGGAAGAUACCGCUCUAUUCUCCAGUUGGUCAAGCCGUGGUAUGAUGAAGUAAAAGAUUAUGCUUUUCCAUAUCCCCAAGAUUGCAACCCCAGAUGCCCUAUGAGAUGUUUCGGUCCCAUGUGCACACAUUAUACACAGAUGGUUUGGGCCACUUCCAAUCGGAUAGGAUGUGCAAUUCAUACUUGCCAAAAUAUGAACGUGUGGGGAUCUGUGUGGCGAAGUGCAGUUUACUUGGUAUGCAACUAUGCCCCAAAGGGCAACUGGAUUGGAGAAGCACCGUAUAAAGUAGGAGUACCAUGUUCAUCUUGUCCUCCAAGUUAUGGGGGAUCUUGCACUGACAAUCUAUGUUUUCCAGGAGUAACAUCAAACUACCUGUACUGGUUUAAAUAA